AGAACUGAGUGUAUAACACUCUGCAGCCAGCCACAAUGUGUGUCAGAGGACUGUCUGUGCUCCUAAAGUAGAUGACUGCUCUAAAUCUGGUGUCUAUAUUACUGACUGCGAGAUACGAGAAGAAUUGGUUCGCACGUUAUCAUCCCGAGUCAGGACAAGGUCUUUCGAUUGUGGGAUAGAAUGCCGGCGAUCACAAGUAAAAACUCCGAUUUGGAGUUUGACUCCCUACAACCGUGUUUCUACCCGGAUGAGGACGACUUCUACUUCUGUGGUCCCGACUCUGCGCCACCAGGGGAGGACAUCUGGAAGAAAUUCGAGUUGUUGCCCACUCCGCCCCUCUCCCCGAGCCGAGCAGCGCUACCGGGGGAGCCGGCGUCUACCUCCCCGGAAGUAGACCCUCUGGGCUUCGGUUUGGGGGACCCUCUGGACUGGGCUUCUGAGCUGCUGCUCUUGCCCGAGGACGAUAUAUGGGGGGCGUCCGACGAUGGGGACCUGUUCGGCUCAGUUAUGGAUACUACUAACCCCAACAGCAUCAUUCUUCAGGACUGUAUGUGGAGUGGCUUCUCCGCCAGGGAAAAGCUGGAGCGGGUGGUCACGGAGAAACUCGGAAAGGCUAUUUCGACAGCCACAGGGGGCGGCAGCAGCGGAAGGAGCGUGUGCGUCAAGGUGCCGGAGGUGGUGAGCCGCAGCUCGGUGUCAGAGUGCGUGGAUCCCACGAUAGUCUUCCCUUUCCCGGUCCACAAGAAGAACGGCAGCAGGGACUCAACGGGGACCGUUAACACAUCCGCGACGCACGCGAGCAGCCUGAGUGAUUCCGAAGAAGAUGACGACGAUGAUGAUGAUGAUGAUGAAGAUGAAGAUGCAGAGGACGAAGAAGAGGAGGAGGAUGACGAUGACGAUGAGGAGGAGGAAGAAGAAGAGGAUGAGGAGAUUGAUGUGGUUACAGUAGAGAAGAGGCGAUCCACAACCAGCAAGGCGCAAACAAUGACCUCAGGCACCGUCAGCAUGUCUGCGCACUCAAAAAGCCAAGACUCCAGGGCCAUAAACUCAGGGUCUGGGGGUCAGACGGGUCGGUACGUAAGCCGGGCCCCCCAGGAGCUGAUCCUGAAAAGGAGUUCAGUCCACCAGCAGCAACACAACUACGCAGCCCCCUCGCCGUAUGCCUCAGACGACGACCCCACCCCACCUCCAAAGAAGCAGAAGACAUCAGACGCCCCACGACCCCCAACGAGAACCAUCUCCUCCUCAUCAUCGUCUUCCUCUACGUCCUGCAGCUCCUUCACCAGCACGUCAGGGACGCGCAGCAAACGCAGCGCAAGCGGGGACAGCAGCCCGCGGGGCAGCUCCGACUCAGAGGACAGCGAGCGCAGACGCAACCACAACAUCCUGGAGCGCCAGCGCCGCAACGACCUACGCUCCAGCUUCCUGACGCUGCGAGAUCACGUCCCCGAGCUGGCGCACAACGAGAAAGCGGCAAAGGUGCUCAUCCUGAAGAAGGCAACAGAGUACGUGAGCUCGCUGGAGACAGAGGAGAUGAGGCUGCAGCAGGAAAAGGACAGGCUGCAGGCCCGCAGGCAGCAGCUGAUGCGCAGGCUGGAGCAAGCAAGGACUCGCUAACAGACAACCACUACAACACGGAAACACUCACAUAUACCCUGGAUAACCCCCCCUGCUUACACACACACACACACACACACACACACAAACACACAUAGGCCUACACACUUAAGCACAGACACACAGGCCUGCAUAUCUGUUCAUCUCAGAGGACGUUUAUCUUCAGGCGACACACACACCUGCAGGAGAAAAGAAGAAGGAGGGGGGUUGCUGCAGGGAUGCUCGGACUUUCACUACCGCCACUUUUUUUGCACAUUUGUUGACGUUAAGAAUGUUUAGGGUUUACUUUUUCAAUCCAGUCACAUUGAGGAAAGAUGAAAAGAAAAGAACGAGGAAGCAGAGAGGACACACCUUGUUGUUUUUUGUAGGUCUUCCCUUCCUCUGUUUUUUUUGUAUCAUUUCUAUUUGUACCUUGUUUUGUUUUUUUGUACUCACUGUGACACCAGCCUGGAAUCUGAGUGAUUCCCACAUGAUGGAUGGAUGUCCGAGGGCACUUUGCUUGGGGAGUUCACGUACAAAGAAGCAGUGCACACUUAACUUUGCCUUCACCACUGCAAAAAAAAAAACUCAAUAAACUGAAGAGACUAUGAUGAUGAUGAUGAGGCGCUAUGGUUCACAGAAACGAUGCCACUACAGGUUCUCUCUCUCUCUCACUCCCUCGCUCACACUGGUGCUCAAACCAAGUUCAGUGGAUGUAUAACUGUGCACCUUGCUAGCCGACACUUUUGUAUAUAACAAUAGUGUACAGACAAAAUAAUACACUCAGAUCUGCCUUGUUUUGUAAAACAUUUUGUCUUUGUUUUUUUAUACAUGUCAGGAAGCUGCCAAUAACUAGACUGGAAGUUUAUAUACCUUUAAAGUACUGUAAGGCCUCGAUUUUUGAGAGUCAUGAACUUUGUAAUAUAACAAUAUAUUGUUUUUUUCUUCUCUUUUUCUUUGUAUUGUAUCAUAUUACUAAUUCUACACACCUUUAUGCUUUUAGUGUGAACCUGAUACAUACUAAAUUUGAUACUUAUAUUUUCGUAUGAAAAUGAGUUCUCGGUAGAUAUCACUUUAUCUCGUCAGUUUUUCUCCUUCUAUCUCAAAUAAUUCUUUUGUACAGAAAAAAACGUGUUCUAUCCUCAUGUACCUGGCCUUUUUACUUUCUUCUUUUGUUUAUAUUUGUAACUAUCGGGUGCAUAGAACUGGGUAAACGGAUAUAAGAUGUUUGUUUUUUUCACUUUUAAAAUGUACAUUUAGUGCUGCAACUCAUAGCACUUUGAAAUACCUCAUUUUGAAAAAUAAAUAGACAUCAUAAAACCGUAA